AUGGCAACUAUAUCGAAAAUCAACGAACUUUCUCCUCAUAGGAAUGGUUGGACGAUAAGAGUUAGAGUUUUGAAGAAAUGGUCUGAGAUGAUAGAUGGAGGUGGUGACAUAUUGCGUUUUCUUUUGGUAGAUGAUCACCUACACGAGGGCGACUGGAAAAUCAUCACUGGAUUUACCGUAGAGUUGUCACCUCCUGGAUUUCGUUUUGCUAUGAAUCACCAUACCAUCAUCUUCACAGGUAAUACUAAUCUGCAGAGGUCAUGGGGUGUCAUCACAGACCAUUACAUGAGUUUCAAGAACUUCCGGUCCAUAAUGAAUGGAGUAUAUACUUCCAACUAUCCAAUUGAUCUCCUAGGCUAUCUAGAUGGCGUUGGUGAAAUAGAAGUUGUGACAGACCACACCUUUACACUAGGUGAUAACAUGCAAACUUCAAGAGUAACAUUCACCAUCAAGGAUCUUGAAGGUCGCACACUGGAAUGUGAAGCCAGGGGAGUUUUGGGUAUCCAACUCUACAAUAAAUGGUGGAGGCAUGGUGGAACCGAAACAUUCAUCACAAUGAGUGAUUGGAUGGUUUACACGGACAGAGGAACCAACGAGAUGAAGAUUAAGGAUGCUGGAGGAAUCUCUAGAUUUGAGUUCAAUGCCCUUUACCAGGAUGUUUAUGAGUUCAGGGCAGCAUAUUUUAAUGAGAGCGACCCUACAGGGAUAGAGAGUGAUGGUUCAAGUGUUGAGCUGGAUUGGUCUCCCUGA